UUUCAUUAUUUAACGCCUAAUUUUAGCUAGCCAACAGGCUAGUUUCUGCAGCUAACAUUACCUUAAUUACUAACUUGGCUAGCUGAAAUCAGAAGCUGCCUGAACUUCGUCGCAAAUUCUCUUCGUCGGCUGGCAGACUAAAUCGGCGCGUUUGCGCAGCCCCACUCCAGUGUGUGUCUGUCACCGGCCAGGCAGCAUGUCUAUGUUCAGCACGGGCAUCCUGGUCCUCACGUCUCCACUGCACACCCUCCCGCUACGCAUCGCACCCGUCCUCAGCUCGGCCGCCCAGGUGGUGGAGCGCACACUGUACGUGCACCUGCACCCGGGACUCAACCUGGGCAGCGCAGGCCAGGCCCGACCAGUCUACAUCCCCCCGGCGGCGGAUGUCUCCAGCCUUAUUUCCCGUCUCUACAGCAACGCAGCCGACGUGUGCGGGCAUCUGGACGUGCGGGUGUUGCUGACCAAUUUCCGGGCUCAGCAGGGCCUGACGGGGACGAGGGGAACCAAUGACCCAUUCCCUUCCCCGCAGGCCCUGUCCCACUCCCCGGAAGUUGUGCUGACUGACUUCCCCCUGCAAGACCCGGGCCAGUCUUCGCUGGUGGCCCAAUGCCUGCAGAGAUAUGCUGGGUGCUGCUACACUUGCACCCCGGGGUUGACUUCCGUGCUGCUCCAUCCCCAGCUGAAAUCUCUGCAGAAGGGUGGGGAGCGGCCAGAGGAGGAAGACCUGAAGCAGGCUGGGGAAACUGAACCAGAGCUUCUGCAGACCUACAGUGACGUGGUGGUGGGUGGCACAUUCGACCGGCUCCACGGGGCACACAAGACCCUGCUCAACAUCUCUUGCCUUCUGGCUAACAGACGCUUUGUGAUUGGGCUUUGCGAUACAGAACUGUUGAAAAAGAAAGUGCUGAAGGAGUUAAUAGAGCCCUACGAUCUACGAUCCGAGAGGCUCCUGGAGUUCCUCCGAGACAUCAAGCCCUAUCUGCAGUAUGAGAUUGUGCCCCUCUCCGAGCCCUUUGGCCCCUCCAUCACCGACUCCGAGCUGCAGUGCAUCGUGGUCAGCGAAGAGACGAGGAAGGGAGGCGAGGCCGUAAACAAGAGGCGCCUGGAAAACGGUCUCUCAGAGCUGGUGCUGCAUGAGAUCCAAGUGAUCAAAGAUGCCCACCACAGUGAGAUAGAGGAGGAGAAGAUCAGCUCCUCCAGCUUACGCUCCAGACUGCUAGGAACUCUGCUCACGCCCCCCAAGGACAAUCCCCUCCUCCCCCCUGUUCCGUAUGUGAUCGGGCUGUCAGGGGGCAGUGGCAGCGGAAAGAGUUCCAUCGCCCGACGUCUGGAGGCCUUGGGAGCGGUCUGCAUCGAUGGCGACCAGUUGGGGCACGAGACCUACCGUCCUGGGGCUGUCGCAUACAGGAGAGUGGUAGAAGAAUUUGGCGAAGAUAUUCUGAAUGAGGACAAAACAAUCAACAGACGUGCCCUUGGCAAAAAAGUCUUUGAGAACAAGGAGAGGUUGAAGACCCUCACUGACAUCGUGUGGCCAGAGAUAGCACUCCUUGUCAAACAGAAUAUCCAGGAGGCCAGAGAGGAAGGUAAACAGGUGUGUGUUGUGGAUGCAGCUGUACUGCUGGAAGCUGGCUGGACUGAUAUGGUGCACGAGGUUUGGGUCACCAUCAUCCCAGAGGAAGAGGCAGUGUCGCGGAUCACGGCGCGGGACGGGGUGAGCGAGGAGGACGCGCGGAGGAGACUGCAGAGCCAGUGGCCUAAUGCCCAACGAGUUGAACACGCCAACGUGGUGCUGUGCACACUGUGGGACCCUGAUGUCACACAGAGACAAGUUCAAAAGGCCUGGGCCCUCCUACAGGAGAGGAUUCGCAAGAGUCAGGAGAAGAGCAACCCUCUGUCAUGAAUGGUGUUAACAGUGGCAUUAUAAAGGACAUUUCAGCCUGGGUCUGGUUGAAUAUAAAGCCUGACAUGUAUAAUGGGUUGUGUCAUUGGUGACAAAUAAAUUGGCCAGCAGCGGAACUGUGUGCGAAUUUUGAGAAGUGAGUGACUCAGAGGUUUGAUUAUGAUAUUAUGUAAUGUCAGCAUCAGAGUCUGUGUACCUGUCAUGGUACCAUAUCCAGGCUUGUUUACGACCUAACAUUUGAUACACAAUGUGCCUGUAUUGUAAAACUUCAUGAUAGCUGGAUAUGUUUCUGAGUUAAUUGUUAUAAAUUGGAUAUGUUUCUGGCAUUGUUUAUGAAUGACACUACUGCUGUGAGGAAAAAUACGAAAAAAAAAAAAAAAAAAAAAACUGGCCAGACUGUUCCUAUUCUUUGUCACAGAAGUAUACCUGUUAUGUAUGGUAGACAAUCUGUCAGAUUGCAUUUUAACAGUGCUGCAAAUACCAUAUUUUUGGGACAUCGAACUGUAAAGAUUGAGCGAAAGAAUGUUGCACAUGGUUUAUUAUUUCUAUUUAAGACCGAAACAUGAGUACUGCUAUUUUAAACAAAUGCACAAACACCAGUGUACAACACAAAUGUAAAACUAAUAUUUUUUUUCCUUGGGGGCGGUUGGGCAAAAAAGCAUUUAUUUGGUUUAAGAUGGACUAUUCUAGGAUUGAAUAUUAUUGAAUAUGUAUAUAAAAUGUUCUAAAAACAAAA